AUGAGAAUCUACUCGUGCCAUUUCUGCUCGUCCCCGGUGUAUCCCAGUAAAGGGAUCAUGUUCGUAAGAAACGAUGCCAAAGAAUUUAGGUUCUGCAGAGCCAAGUGCCACAAGGCAUUCAAGCAGAGGAGAAACCCUAGAAAGUUGAGAUGGACCAAAGCCUUCAGAAAAGCCGCUGGCAAGGAAUUGGUUGUGGACUCAACGUUGACGUUCGCUGCUAGAAGAAACGUCCCUGUCAGGUAUAACCGUGAAUUGGUGGCCACGACGUUGAAGGCGAUGUCGAGAAUCGAAGAGAUCAGACAGAAGAGAGAGCGUGCGUUCUACAAGAACAGAAUGAGAGGCAACAAGGAGAGGCAGUUGGCUCUCGACAAGAAGUUGGUGGAGCAGAACCCAGAGUUGUUGAGAAUGAGAGAAGUGGAAUUGAAGAGAAAGGCAGAGAAGAAGGCGCUCAAGGAAAGUGCCGCCGAGGAGGUGGAGGACGAAGACGAGGACAUGAUGGAUGUGGAGUCCGAGAUGGAGUCGGAGUCGGAGUCGGAGUCGGAGGCCGAGACUCAGAAACAGAAGGUUGUGUUGAAGGCCAAGAGGAAGGCGAGAGCCUAA